UCCCAGCUCUUAGCCCCAGUGAACACUUGAGUUCAUUUGAGUAGAACCUUCACUCUUGUUAUUUCUAGUUCCCUAACUCACCUUGUGAUUCCUGACACAGAGGUGAGUGAACCUGUAGCAUCAGCCUUCAUCAAAGGCUGAAAUGAAGUAUGUUUUCAUUUGUGUUUCGUAUUAUCUUGUGUCACAUCUAAAUAGAUGAGCUCUCUGUUUUAUGCUGUAGCAGCACUCCUUUGUCAGGCCUUCCCAGGCCUGUUUGCUGUUUGCUAGGUAGCCCUUUUCAAAGUUUGUUCCUCUUUGUAAAGACUACCUUUAGCUGUUUGUGUUUUUAAGUGAGAGUUCUGUAACUUGUUUAUAAUGUUAAGUCAAAACUUUCCGUCACAUCAGAUAUUACCAUUUUGCAACUAGACAUGACACAUGUGAUAUAAACAAGGAUCAGGUGUAAGUGAGGGACAUGUAUCCACGCCACCUGUGUGGACAUCAGAGUGCUACUUUUGGGGGUCAGUUUUCUUCUCCUAAUGUGGUUCUAAGGAUCAAAGUGAUGUCACCAGGCUUGCAAGGCAACAUGUUUUAUGCACUGAGUUCUCUUGCCAGUGCUGAUAAUCCUACUUUAGAAUAUAAUGGGAAGAAAAAUUCAAAUGCAAUGCGUAAACUAAAUUUAUAAAUUUUUUUAUUCAAAAACCAGUUUUAAGAGUUAUUUUGAGGGAGUUGGACAGAUGGCUCAAUACUUGCUACUUUUGCAGAGGACAGAGGCUUGGUGCCCAGGACCCAUAGGGCAGGUCAUAACCCUCUGUUAACUCUAGUUUCAAGAGAUCCAACACCCUCUUCUGGCCUCCACAGGUACUGAAUGCAUGUAAUACACAUACAUACAUGGAGGCAAAAUAUUUAUCCACGUAAAGUAAAAGUAAAUGUUUUGUUAAAAAAGACAUUUUUACUCUUCCAACUCAGUAAAAGAUAAAUACUAAAAGGACCAUGAUAAGAGGCCCGUUUAGUUGUCAGGAAAUGAGGUAGCUGUGUCGUACAGCCACAUCCUGGGACCCUCAUGCUGUCCCCUGACCUCCAGAUGCACUCCAUGGCCUGUGCCCAUUCCCCAUAUGCGCACACACAAGUAAAUGAGGAACGUUUAGAGCUGUUUCUUGUGGUAGGAUUGUAAGUGGCAAAGGACAUAAAAAGUACUUAGUAUUAUUACUCUUCAGAGAAAUGCAGACAUAGAUGAUCAGAAGUUCAGAGUCAUUCUUGGUUUUGUAACAAGUCUGAGGCCAGUCUGGACUACAUCAGACCCUGUCUUAAAAGAACCACAGUGAGAUGUAACUCUCUGGCCAUUAAGUUGACUAUUGUUUAAACGCCAUUAAUAAGAGAGAAUGUGGGCAAGCUGUGAUCUUCAAACUCUGCUGGUGAGAAUAUUUGUAAAAGUGAUAUGCUUGCUUUGGAAACUAGUCUGACAGUUUCUGCAAAGAUUAAAUGUAAUAUUUAGUAUGCAACCCAACAGUUCACUAUAGGAGUAGACUCAAGAUACAAAACUGUCUAUACACGUCAGUCUUUACUAGUGACUUUACUCAAAACAGCCAAAGCAUUGUAACAGCCCAAUGUCCCCCAAGCAAUAGUCUAUGGGAGUAAAUAUCCUUUGGCUAUGAAGAGUAAUAAAUGUUCCAAAGUUUAAAACUUCAAGAGAGUAAUGACAUAAUUUUAUUUUAUGGUUAAUUUUACAGCUGACAUUAGGUAAUACUUUGAGGUUAAAAUAAACAUUUACCUGUAAUUCAAGCACUUGAGAGGCUGAAACAUAGGGUUCAUGAAUUUGAAGCUUGCCUGGACUACAUGGUCCUAAAACAGCCUGCGGUAAAUAGGGAGACCUUGUCUUUAAAAAAGCAUAUGAGUUGAGAAUUAAGUAGGUACCCUACUCAGAUGGGAGGAACGCCGUUGAGUUCAAGGCUCCUGAGCUACAUAGCCAGGUCUAGGCUGUCCAAAGCUGUGUUACAAAAAUUCAUCUCAGAAACAAGCAAAAAUCACAAGCAUACUAAAACUUGUAUGAAAUUACCAUCAAGCUAUGUGUGUAAAAGUGUACAAAACACAAGUGUUUCACUUGAAUGCCAUCCCCACAACACCUCUAUAUGUAUACCAUGUUCCAGAACUUCAAAUCUGAGACACUUGUGCUUUGAGGCAUUUGGGGAAGAAGUUCUCACAUGAACUGAUUUUGAUUUGUUCUGCAAUAGGGUGAGCCUUGGAAAUAUGCUGAAGUGAAAGAAGCAAGCUUCAGAUCACACCUACUGUGGGACUAACAUAGACCCUCACUCUUUAUAGAUCCCAUAUUUACAAAUUUGUCUACCCACCAAAAUUCACUAUAACCUCAAAAUCAGCACUUUGUCAUUUGUGUGCAUGUAUACAUGUAUAGGACAGUGAAAGAUGUGUAAUCACAGGUGAAGUUGAGCAAAGCAGUGUUCAAGCUGAUUUUAACCCUAACAGCUGUGAGAUCAUGGCCAUUGUAUAGUCUGUUUAGUUCCGGGGUUUUCACAUUACGAAUUGAUCUCACUUUUUAAAAUGGCCCCCAAGUUAGAUCUGUCUAAUAAUCCAAAGUACAAGGUGUAUGUGAAGCUUUACUAAAGAAAAGGUGUAAGUAUUUGAGUUGUUGAAGCAUGAGUUAUUGUGCUGACACAUUAUUAAUACAUGGACAAGCUGGUGUAUGUACUAGUUGGUUGAUUAAAGUAUGAUUUGAAAGACAGGCAUGGUGGCGUAUGCAUUUAAUCCCUGCACUGGAGAGACCAGCUACACAGUACAGUAUAGGCCAGAGUGGGCUGUCUCAAAGUGAUCUAAAGCCUACAGAAACCUAUCACUCCUGGGCAUAAUGAUUGGGUAUUGGCAACUUUAUAGAUGUUUUAAGAAUAUUUCAACAACUGAAACCAACUAUAUCUGAAAUACCUAGACUAGAUAAGGUCAUAGAGACAAAGUAAGUUUGUGUUUACCAAAGGUUAGAGAUGGAAAGGAAACUGGAAGUGACUGCUGGUGAAUACAGGGUAUUUUAAAACUAAGUAAUACAGUGUGACUGGCAACGGCUUUCAUUAUGGUGUUCUCAGCUAUGUCCUUAUGCUGUUAGGAUCUAUCUUUUUUUUUUUUGGUUCUUUUUUUUUCGGAGCUGGGGACCGAACCAGGGCCUUGCGCUUCCUAGGCAAGCGCUCUACCACUGAGCUAAAUCCCCAACCCCUGUUAGGAUCUAUCUUAAUUCUCAUUGCCAUCCCUGUGACCUCCGAGUGUCUUUCAGGAGUAAUGAAAGUAUUGCAACUAGGAAAAUAAUAAAGAAUUUUAUAUUAACUGGGUAAACUAAUGGUAACUGGAUUUUACGUCAAAGCUAUUUUACACUUCUGGGGAAAGGACUAGUUUAUUUUUUGUUUUGUUUUUUAUUAAUUGUGUUAUUGAUUGUAUGAAACUUUAGCUUUCAGUGAUGGGGUAGUAACAAAUGUUUUUUUUUCCCUUGGGAAAUGCCUUCCAAGAUACAUACAGGGUAAUGUAUCAAGUUUAGAAGUUAAUUUUGGUUAUUUCAAGAAUUUGUGGACCAAAGUGAGAGAAAAAAAUAUGAUCUGCUGACUUGGGCCCUACUUUAUUGACAAGACCUGGACAACCAACGCUUACCAGAGUGCCUCCACCUAUUCUUCCCAGGCCGUCCCAGCAGACAGGCGGCAACAAUGUGAACACUUUCAGACCUGCUUACAGUUCAUUCUCAUCUGGAUAUGGAGCCUAUGGAAAUGCGUUCUACGGAAGCUAUAGCCCGUAUAGUUACGGAUACAAUGGUUUGGGCUUUAACCGCCUCCGAGUAGAUGAUCUUCCUCCCAGUAGGUUUGUCCAGCAAGCUGAAGAAAGCAGCAGAGGUGCCUUCCAGUCCAUUGAGAGCAUCGUGCAUGCGUUUGCCUCGGUCAGCAUGAUGAUGGAUGCCACUUUCUCAGCCGUCUACAACAGCUUCAGGGCUGUCUUGGACGUAGCAAACCACUUUUCCCGGCUAAAGAUACACUUCACCAAGGUUUUUUCAGCCUUUGCGUUAGUGAGGACUAUAAGAUAUCUUUAUAGACGGUUACAGUGGAUGAUGGGUUUAAGGAGAGGCUCUGAGAACGAGGACCUAUGGGCAGAAAGUGAAGGAACUGUGGCCUGCCUUGGUGCCGAGGACCAAGCAAAUAACUCAGCAAAAUCUUGGCCAAUAUUCCUGUUCUUUGCUGUCAUCCUUGGUGGUCCUUAUCUCAUCUGGAAACUUCUGUCUACACAUAGCGAUGAAGUAACAGACAGCACCAACUGGGCAAACGGUGAGGACGACCAUGUAGUUGCUAGAGCAGAAUACGACUUUGCCGCUGUGUCUGAUGAAGAAAUUUCUUUCCGUGCUGGUGAUAUGCUAAAUCUAGCCCUCAAAGAACAACAACCCAAAGUGCGUGGCUGGCUUCUGGCUAGUCUUGACGGUCAAACAACAGGACUUAUACCUGCAAAUUAUGUCAAAAUUCUUGGUAAAAGAAGAGGCAGAAAAACAGUAGAAUCGAGUACAAUGCCCAAGCAGCAACAGUCUUUUACCAACCCAACAUCAGUUAAAGGAGUCACUACCACCAAUUCUUUGGAGGAACAGGAAGCUGCCUUUGAAUCUGUUUUUGUUGAAACUAAUAAGGUUGCCGGUACACCUGAUUCUACAGGGAAAAAUGGAGACAAACAAGACCUUUGAUGUGUUUCAUGUUUGCGGGCAGGUGAACAAUAUUUUAGAGUAUUUUUAAAAUUAUUUCUUACAGAGGAAUUAAUUUGCGGUUGAAUGAAAGCAUUUGCUCAUGGCUGUCCCGGGCGUUCUGCUGCUAGAAGUUAUGUAGUCACACGCUAGUUGCUGGUCAAGUGAUCUGGCUACACUUGAUUGUCUCUUGGACCAUGAGGACAUUUGUUUCACUUAGCUUUUAAGAUUGUGGAGAUAGUUGUCGGCUCCAUCUUAUCUCAGUCCCCAGGCUUAUUGGAUCAAUAAAUUUGAUGAACAAUAGAACACACAAGUUGCCUCAGAAGGGAUCACUAAUGCUUUUUAAAGUUCUGAGUUAGUUGACGUGAAGUCUUCAAAAAUUGAGUGAUAACAACUACUUAUAAGAACAGACAAAAGUCUAAAUUUUUAUAACCUUAUAAAGAAACUAAAUAAUAAAAAUUUUCUGAUCUA